ACCCCUCCCUUCUAUAAUACGUGACAAUAUCUUUUCAGGCUAAAAAAUUUUUAAAAUGAUAUAUUUGCAAAAAUUAUAAUUUUAUCUUCCUAUAAUAAAAAUCAAACAGACAAAAUUAUAGGUACUGAAAUUAAAAUGUGACAUGUUGUAUAUUUGUAUAAUAAAAUAGUAGAUGUAGAUAUUUGUAUAACUGAGGAUUACAAAUAAGACAGACCAAGUACACAAAAGAUUUGUGUCUUUUUCUUGCCGAGUGACCGUACUCGUUACCUUUGAAUUUUGUCUUUUAAAUUUUCCAACAACCUUAUUAUACGCGGUUCAAUUUUCCCUAAUAUAACCCUCUUAUCAACCGUUUUCCAAAUUCAUCAAGUUUCUCACUUUUCAACUUUUCCUCAAUCCAUUCACCAAUUCCUUCCUGGGUUUUCAAUCAAUCUUGAGUUUUCAUUCCUCUGUUUCACCAAUUUCAAAACCCUAAAAUUUCAAUUUUUCUGUUCCCGUAGUGUUAAUUCAUUCAUUCUCGGAAAUUGGUCUUUGAAAAUUCAUCUUGGUAUUUUAAUUCAUUCAAAAAAAUUUCAAAUUUGAGAAAAAAAUUCAAUUUUCUUGGGUUCAGUUUUCCAGUUUUGACAACUUGGUCUGUGAUAUUGAUGUUUAUGUGAGAAUGCGUUCUACAAUAGAAUAUCAAGGUUCUUCUAUUUUGAAUCAACGUGUUAAUCAAGUUCACUCUAUGGAAAAUUCAAGCUUAGAAAAUGAGCUUAAUUUGUUUCAAAAACAUGUCACUGAUAGGUUCAAUGAACUAUCUUCUGUUUCCAACAAUGAUUUGUUGUCACUUUCUUGGGUUAGGAAUCUUCUAGAUAGAUUCCUUUGUUGCCAAGAGGAAUUCAGAAUGAUACUUCAUAACCAUAGAUCGAAAGUGUGUAAACCGCCUUUGGAUCGUUUGGUGAAUGAGUUUUAUGAGAGGAGUGUGAAGGCAUUGGAUGUAUGCAAUGCUAUUAGAGAUGGUGUUGAAAUGGUUAGACAAUGGGAGAAGCUAUUGGAGAUUGUUCUUUGUGCUUUGGAUCAUAAAAGAAUCAUUAGUGAAGGACAGUUUCGUCGCGCUAAGAAAGCUCUUGUUGAUUUGGCUAUUGGUAUGCUUGAUGAUAGUAAUAAAGAUUCUAAUAAUGUUUUUUCAUUUGCAUCUAGAAAUAGGUCAUUUGGUAGAAACAAUGUUAAUCGAGAUCAUCAUCAUUAUCAUCAUCGACAAGAUUCAUCUGCAUUAGGUCAUUUUAGAUCACUUUCUUGGAGUGUAUCGAGAAAUUGGUCAGCUACUAGACAACUACAAGCAAUUGGGAACAAUCUUUGUUUUCCUAAGAAUAAUGAUCUUGUUGCUACAAAUGGUCUUGCAUUGGCUAUUUAUACAAUGAGUUCGAUUUUGUUGUUUACAAUGUGGGCACUUGUGGCUGCAAUUCCUUGUCAAGAUAGGGGGUUACAUCUCAACUUUUCGAUUCCACGGCAGCUAUCUUGGGCUUCUCCGGUGACAUUGCUCCACGAGCGGAUUUUUGAGGAAUCGAAGAAAAGGGAGAGGAAGAAUUCGUGUGGUCUUUUGAAGGAGAUUCAGAAGAUUGAGAAGUGUGCUAGGGUGAUGAAUGAUAUGGCAGAUUCAUUGGAGUUUCCCUUGAGUGAGGAGAAAGAAGAUGAAGUUAGAGCUAAAGUGGAAGAUGUUGUGAAUGUUUGUGAAGGUUUGAAGGAUGGAUUGAAUCCUUUGGAAAUACAAGUUAGGGAAGUGUUUCAUAGAAUUGUUCGUGGUAGAAUGGAAGGGAUUGAGUUUCUUGGUUGAUAGUAAUAAAAACUUCAUCAAAUUGAUGAUGUGAUUUGUGGUUUCCUUAGAAAUGUGAAGAUUGUGGAGAACAACCGCAAAAGAUGAGUUGGGUUUGUAAAUGGGUUUUUUUUUUUUGGUGUGUGGGUGGAAAUAGGUUAGGCUAGGCUAGGCUUUAGAAGGCCUGAGUCUGGCCUACGAUAAACUUAAAAGGCCUAAGCCUGGCCUACGGCCUAUCAUAGGCUCAGUUUUUUGGCCUGGCCUGACCUUUUUAAAAGCCUGGCCUGGCCUGAAAGCCUAUUUAAAAAGCCUGUCUCUCAUUAAAGUUUUCAAUUAAUCUAUAUAACUUAAGAAGUCUU